CCAGCGCGCGGUCGCCUGGCAAUGGCCAUGGAGUCGUGGGAAGAGCGGCUGUCGUUCCCGACUUUCCUAAGCGGGCUUCCCCCGGGGGCUGCCUAUGGCUACGGCGUGGAGAGUCCGCAGGGCAUGCGCCAGAGGGAGUUCGCCCGCUUAGGAGGAAUUACUUACCUUGACCAUGCAGGUACUGCACUCUACCCAGAAAGUUUGCUAAAAUCCUUCACUGAUGACCUCACUGAAAACGUUUAUGGGAACCCUCACAGUCAGAACAUCAGCAGCAAAUUGACAUAUAACACAAUUGAACAUGUCCGAUAUAGGAUAUUGCAGCAUUUCAAUACAACUGUAGAAGACUACUCGAUAAUUUUCACUUCAGGAAGUACAGCUGCACUCAAACUCCUUGCAGAGGCUUUCCCUUGGAUGCCCGAAACUUUGGAGAACUGUGGCAGUCGGUUUUGCUACCUCACUGACAGUCAUACAUCUGUGGUGGGCAUGAGAAGGAUCACUGCAACAGCAAAUGCCUUGUUUGUUCCUGUGAAAGCAAAAGAUAUGUUGUCAAGGGCAAAUAAUGUGGUGGCUGAAAAGAGCUGCAGCACACCUCACCUCUUCUGUUAUCCUGCUCAGAGCAACUUUUCUGGCACUAAAUAUCCCCUUGCAUGGAUAGAGCAGAUAAAAUCUGGAAAGCUACUCCCAGUCAAGGCCCAAGGGAAAUGGUUUGUCCUUUUGGAUGCAGCUUCUUAUGUCAGUACUUCUCCAUUGGACUUGAACAUUUAUCAAGCAGAUUUUGUGCCCCUGUCUUUUUAUAAGAUAUUUGGAUUGCCAACUGGCCUAGGUGCACUGUUGGUAAGGAAUGAAGUUGCUUCUUGCCUGAGGAAAAACUAUUUUGGAGGUGGAACUGCAGCUGCCUAUCUGGCAGAAGAGGAUUUCUAUUUAUCAAGGCCAUCAGUAGCUGAAAGGUUUGAGGAUGGGACAGUUUCUUUCCUUGACAUCAUCGCUUUGAAGCAUGGAUUCGAUGCUCUGGAAAGACUUACAGGUGGAAUGGAGAACAUAAAGCAACAUUCGUUCGCUUUAGCACACUACACCUAUACAGUUCUCUCUGCAUUAAAAUACGUUAAUGGAGCACCUGUUGUACGCAUUUACAGUGAUACGGAUUUCAGCAGCCCAGAUAUCCAGGGACCAAUAAUUAAUUUUAAUGUGUUGGAUGAAAAUGGAGAGAUUAUUGGCUAUUCACAGGUAGACAAGUUGGCUGGACUCUACAACAUCCACAUGCGCACAGGCUGUUUCUGUAACACUGGAGCUUGUCUGCAGCAUUUGGGGAUUAGCUGUGAAGAUGUCAAAAAGAACCUCCAGGCUGGUCACGUCUGUGGAGAUGACAUUGACGUAAUUAAUGGAAACCCCACUGGCUCUGUGAGAAUCUCUUUUGGCUAUAUGUCAACAUUUGAAGAUGCACAGACCUUUCUAAAAUUCAUUAUAGCCACCAGACUCUCUGGCUGCAAUGUGGUUAAAUGUCCAUCUCAAAAAGAGUCCAUAGCACCUCCCAGAGAGAAGGACUACACUUGUGACCACCGUUCAGAUGAACUUCCUCUCAAAAGGGUCACUAAGGAUUCUCAGUUCAGUGUCCAUUCUGCUUCAGUGACAAUACCGGUCAAUCUACAGCCAACUGAGAGACAACCAGAAAGGGCCAUACCUGAAGUUUUGAGGGAUUCAGCAGAAGCACUGCCAAGUAGUAGAAGACCUAUCACUCUCACCAACAUUUAUAUAUAUCCAAUCAAAUCGUGUGCUGCAUUUGAGGCUAAGCAGUGGCCCAUUGGAAAACAAGGCUUGUUGUAUGACCGCAGCUGGAUGGUUGCAAAUCCAAAUGGAGUUUGCAUUACUCAGAAGCAGGAGCCGAGGCUAUGCCUUGUACAACCUAUGAUUGACCUGGAGCAAAAUGUAAUGAUCAUCAAGACAGAAGCUCCUAGGCCACUGCAGCCUAAGCUUUCCUGGCCGGGCUUCUUCUCUUCGCUGAUCUCCCAUGCUGCUGCUCCCUGGACCAAGUUUCUCAGAGUGUGCUUGAUUUGGAUCACUAACCUGUAUCAGGAUCUCAGCUUUGCUUCUGAGCCUGCUUUUUUACUGCCCCUCUUCUUAACUGGUGAUAGACUUCAUCAGAGCUUGUCUCAAUUCCACAGUAGCGAAAGCUUUCCUCCCUCCAGCUCGUCACGACAGCCUCCUCUCCUGUAUUUCUCAGAUCCUACAGGACAAAGUCGUCCCAGCGCUCUCAAUUCAGAGACUUUUGGGCCACAUGGCUGCAUCCGUUGCCAUUCUCCCACACACCAGACUGCGGUUACGUCCUCUUCAACUCUGGUUCAACAAAAACUUCCGUCCGCAACGAGAUUUCUCUGACAAACCAAUCCGAGUACCCCGAGCUGUUCUACAGACAUUAACUUGGUGGACUAUCUGUACCAAUUUAGAUGUGGGUACCCCGUUUCAGGCCCCCCACCCAACGCUGACUCUGUAUACCUAUGCCUUGUUGAUCGGGUGGGGUGCGGUAUGCACGGGACUUCGGUCCCAGGUCAUGUGGACAGGAGUCAUCGAGACACAUCAUCUACCUCAAACUCUUAGCAAUUUUCAAAGCACUUCGAUCUUUUGAGGACACUGUUCGUCAACAAGUUGUCCAGAUCACAUCCGACAGCAUAGUUGCGGUGUUUUAUAUAAACAAGCAGGGCGGAACAAAAUCCGUUGCCUUAGCUCGUCUGUCCAUGGACAUUUAGGAAUGGUGCAUCCGGAGGGGUAUAACUCUUUUAGCAGUCCAUCUUGCCGGGACCAACAACGAAGAAGCUGACAUUCUGAGCAGGCAUAUGUCGAUGACCCAUGAGUGGGAAUUAAACCGCCAGGUCUGCAGCCAGCUCUUUCAACUUUGGGGACAUUUGAACAUAGACCUGUUUGCUACCCACAAGAAGAGGGUAUGCAACACAUUCUGUUCCAGGGCGGGAAUAGGACCGGGAUGGAUGGGAGAUGCCCUUAUGAUCCCUUGGACAAAUAUCAGAAUUUAUGCAUUUCCGCCUAUUCCGCUACUAACGAAAGUCUUCUCAAAGGUCGUACAUGAUGGUGCCGCAGGAAUACUGAUAACACCUUGGUGUCCUCGUCAAGCGUGGUUCUCCACCCUCCUUCGGAUUUCGGACAACACCUUUCUUCGCCUCCCGGCAAGAUCUGAUCUCAUAACUCAACAAGGCAGUGCUGUCCAUCACCUGGACCUGCCCUCGUUGAACCUCACAGCGUGGCGAGUUCAUUGACUAACAAUACUGCUUCAGUCCCAAGGCCUACUAGGUCACUCGGUACUUCAACUCACGAGCCCGUUGACUUCCUUAAUUCCUCAGUACCGAUAGAUGUAUCAUCGGGACCGAGCUGUGUAGACCCAGAUGUUCAAAGGAUUAUCGAGUCUGUGCUAAGACCAAUAACACAAAAGUCUUACGCAGCGAAUUGGUGUCGCUUCUUAUCUUUUGCAGAAUCACGUUCAUUUUUUCCAGCGACAGCCUCAGUAGAAAAUAUCCUUCAGUUUCUCUUACAGUUAUAUUGCUCGGGACUUAAACCUUCAUCCAUUAAAGUUUAUGCAGCAGCUGUAUCACAUUACUGUGGUAUGAUACAGGGAUCGUUGGUGUUUUCACAACCUCUUGUAAAGAGGUUUCUUAAAGGACUGCAAAAUCUUCACCCUUCUGUUCGACCAGUCAUGCCUACAUGGAGCCUUUCAGUUGUUCUUCAAGCACUUACAAAAUCUCCAUUCGAACCCUUAGCGACUGUUGAUUUACGUCUUGUGUCAUGGAAAAUGGCUUUUCUUGUUGCAGUUACAUCAGCUUGCAGAGCCAGUGAACUUUGUGCUCUUCGAAUAGACCCACCUUAUCUUAACUUUCAUAAGGAGAAGGUGGUUUUGAGAAUGGAUUCUACAUUUUUGCCCAAGGUGGCCACACCAUUCCACCUGAAUCAAGAGAUUGUCUUACCUGCCUUCUUCCUGUCACCAUCGAACCCGAUCGAAAGAUCCUUGCAUACUCUAGAUGUGCGACGAUGCUUGGCCUUUUACAGAUCGCGCCCAGAGUCUCUUUGGCGUUCCAAUAGACUAUUUGUGAAGUAUUCUGAACAAGACCAAGGAUUACCUGUCAUCUCAGAGAGUAUCGAAAUGGAUAGUUCAAACCAUCGUAUUGGCGUACCAACUUGCGAAGAUUGACUUACCUGUUUUCCCGAGGGGUCACUCUACUAGGGCAGUAGCAGCUUCCUCUGCAUUUGCCGCGGGAAUCCUGAUCCAAGAGGUCUGCAAAGCUGCGACUUGGUCUACUCCGUGUACUUUCACCAAGCACUACCGUCUUGAUGUGCGUGCCAGAAGAGACUGUUCCUUCGGGAGGGCCGUUCUC